ACGUCGCUGCUGUUGCCUCUCAUGGCGGCUUCGUAGGUGCGAAACAUGGUACGCGUCAAACAGAGGUAUUUUUUGGUAGAAAUUAUUCCAAGUGUUUCUCAACGCCCUUUACUCGGAGAAUUACAUUCAAGUGUAAAUGAACGAAGCAUACUACGGUCUGUUCGUGAAUCAGUUGAAGAAAUACAUGGAGAUUUUGGGGUUGGUGCCACACAAGCUGGUUUUACGAUCAAGAUGUUUAAUUCUAAAACAUCGGUGUUUGUAUUAAGAGUUCGACGAGGACCCCACGUGCUUGUUGCAUCAGCUCUAUCGUUUGUCAGGAAAAUUGGGAUUAUGUCACUGACGUUAAAAACGCUUCAUUUAAGUGGCACAAUACGCUCUUGCUUGAAGUUUUUGCAACAGUAUGACAGACAGCAACUUAUUCAUGUUUUACGACAUCAUCAACUUUCUCAAGAUCAGAAAGAGAAAAUUCACGAGUCAAUGUUGAAAUCGGAACAAAAAAUUUCAGGAGAAACAGAAUUGCGGGAAGAGUAUUAACUGUUAGUUCGAGUGCUGUCAUUAUCAUCUUGGAAUGUCAUAAACAUUAUUCGCAAACAAAAUUCGAGAUUUUUGUCAAAACAUUUGUUAUAUUUAAUUAAAUUGUUCAUAUAUUGUUGUAUAUGCAUUUAUACUUAUAGCCCUAAUUCCAUUAAAAACAUUGGAACUGAA